AUGCCUCCCAAGAAGGUCGAUCAGCCUAAGAAGAAGGUCAAGUCCGUUGAUGACAAGACCUUUGGCAUGAAAAACAAAAAAGGAGGAGCUGCCAAGAAACAGAUUUCACAGUUGAACGCACAAGCCGCAUCCAACAAAAAUGAUUCUGAAAAGAAAAAAGCAGCCGAGAAAGCCCAGCGUGAGGCCGAGAAGAGGGCCGCUGAGUUGGCUAAAAAGGAGAAUGCCGAACUCUUCAAGCCCGUUCAGGUUCAGAAGGUUCCUUUUGGUGUCGAUCCCAAGACUGUGCUGUGUCAGUUCCACAAGAAGGGUGGUUGUGAAAAGGGUCGCAAGUGCAAGUUCAGUCACGACCUGAACAUUGAGCGCAAGGCAGCUAAGAAGGAUCUGUACACUGACUCGCGUGAAGGAGAGGAAGAAACUAAGAAGGCCGAUACUAUGGAUACAUGGGACGAGGAGAAGCUGCGCGAUGUUGUCAUGAGCAAGCAUGGAAACCCCCGCACAACCACCGACAAGGUUUGCAAGUUCUUCAUCGAGGCAGUUGAGAACCAGAAGUAUGGUUGGUUCUGGGUUUGUCCGAACGGCGGUGAUAAGUGCAUGUACAAGCACAGUUUGCCUCCUGGAUUCGUCCUCAAGACUAAGGAGCAGAGAGCCGCCGAGAAGGCUUUGAUGGACAAGUCACCUUUGAACACUCUGACCCUGGAAGAUUGGCUGGAGUCCGAGCGACACAAGCUGACUGGUACCCUGACGCCAGUUAACCCAGAAACCUUCGCCGAGUGGAAGAAGGGACGUCUGGAUAAGAAGGCAGCCGAGGCGGAGGCACAGAAGGCCAAGGAAGCAACUGGUCGCUCUAUGUUUGAGAGCGGUGAUUGGAAGAACCAGGAGAGCAGUGAAGAGGAGUCAGAUGGCGAAGAUGAAGAUGACGACGGCUUCAACCUGGAUGCACUGCGAAUGGAGACCGAGAGGCUACGUGCAAAGAACGAAGAGGAGCGCUUGGCUAAGCUUGGUAUUGCAGUUCCACCUUCGAAUGACGAUGCUCUUGUACAGGAGGCUGCAGGCUGA